AUGCACACAGAACAGGCAGUGUGGCUUCUCUGGGGAGAGAUUCUCUCAAGUUCGAUAUCUGUGUCCAAAGGUGUCAAGCUAGGCGGAAUUCUAUCGCCUCUGCUUUCUUCGAUCUAUGCUGAUAUGUUACUUACUGAGCUACGUAACUGUGGUCAGGGUUGCUACAUUGGCAGAACAGUUGCAGGAGUGUUCGCUUACGCCGAUGACAUUAUCCUUUUAGCUCCAUCGAGAACUGGGUUAUUGAACAUGUUGGAAAUUGCCGAACAAAUAGGCAAGGACCUUAACAUUAAGUUCAAUCCAGCGAAAUGCCAGUUUCUGAAAUUCAUGUAUCCUACUUCAGUUAGUAAUGAUAAUGUAGAACAGCUUAUAUUGUUCUGUGACAUGAUGGUUCCAUUAAGUGAAUCGGCUGUACACCUUGGUCGUUACAUUGGCAUUAAUUACCGAGUAAAUUCCAUUCAGAAAAGCGUGAAUGAAUUGUACCAGAGAUGUAAUUCGUUACUAUCUAACUGCUGA